AAAAGAAAAAGAGAAAAAAGUGCAACAAAACUCCAAAUUAAACCUAAUUGGAUCGAAAAUUGGUCAAAAUUGUGUUGAAAUUUCCGUUGUCGAGUCCCGCUCACACACUUUUCUGAUGUAAAGUCACUCUUCGCUGCUGUCCCCAUCUACUUACGAAUCAUCUCAAAAUUUGUCAGCUGAAAAAAAUCUGCAAUUCUCGAGAAAAAAAAAGUGAAACAAAUUAAAAACAAACCACUCGAAGGUUUGUCGGAGACACGAAGCACGGUGCUGGUCGUCUUUUAAGCGAAGAAGGAGCGUCGGAAGCGGAAUGGUUGGCAGAGUGCGCCUCAAAGACAGUUGCUCGGGCGUGCAAAUGGACGAAGAGCUGCCUUCCUUAUUGGAAGUCGUUUUCAAGUAUCUCGCGGAUAAUUUGGACAUUGUGUGUCACAAGCGCUGCGACACCGACGAAUUCGAGCUGAACGAAGGCGUCGUGAUCCCCAAUGAAAUUUGUGAUAGGUUCUUAAAGUUCCAACAAGAUUGCAACCAAGACAUCAGCGAUCACUUUAUCGACAUUUUUCGUGACACACGAAAAACUCCCCUGAAAUAUGUGCAAUUGCGAAACAGUUCGAUCACCGACGAAGGCAUCAAAGUCCUCAUGCGACACAAUUUGACGGCACUUUCGAUGUGGUAUUGCAACGCCGUGACACCCGCAUGUUGGGAAACGAUCGUCGCCUACGGUCAAAACCUCAAAUAUUUGGAGCUGGGAAAAUUCGUCGACAUCCUGCGUCAUGCCGAGCCAAACGAAAAAUGUCCCCUUGAACCGGCAAUCACGUUUCCGCUGCCGAACCUGCAAAAACUCGUACUACACAGCGUCGUAUUGACAAAAGAAACGUCUUUUGCGUGUCUCUCGCAACUCAAGCAUCUCGACUUGAGCGGAUGCAUUCUCAUGGAUUUCGGUUUGAGCGAAUUGCAAGCGUUGCCGCAUCUCCAAACUUUAAUUCUCUUCAAUGUUUGGCCUCUCGAGCAAGAAUUUCCCGUUUUAUGCAAGUUGCAAGGCUUACGGAAGCUCGAUUUGUCGAUUGCGAGAUUAAAUACCGUCGGGACUUAUGUUAAUCCGAACCGAAUUUUGACGGAACUCGUUGAAAGUCUGCCAAAUUUGACGGAUCUCGAUAUUUCGGGCACGAAUUUGGCGGGAAAUGGCGUCGCGCAGCAGACAAAAGGCGAGGAUCACAAUAUGCGAGGCUCCGAUAUUCCCGGAUUGAUUUCGCGGGCGAAUAAGCCGCUUCAGUUUUUGGGUUUGUACAACGCGGCGCAUUCGGCAUGCAGAAGAUUUGAUAUUCCGGCACGAAUUAUUGCGGGCGAAGCGGAUGAAAAUCAAAUUUUGACAGCUGCUGUCGUGUAUCAAGACAGGCAAGAGUUGCUGACGAAGGUUCUGAAUGAUUUGUAUCAUUUGCUGCGUUUUGAGAGCUGUAAGCAAAUUCAUCGGGCGCUUGAUGUGGUGUUGAAUGCCAUGGACAAGCAUAUUCGCGUGAAAUAUAUUCAAAUAUCGGGAAGUGCAACAUUAUUCUACAUUGUCAAAGGAAAGGACAAAGCAAAGUUCGGAACACCAUUAAAAAAUCAUAUAAUUCGUACCUUAUUGAAUGGCAUGUCGGAAUGGCUGAAAGACGACACAAUGAUGCGAAAUGGAUGUCUCACGUUAUGCCAAUUUUCGAUACCAUACGAUGUCUUAUUCGAAUACGAAAGACUCGUGAAAAUUCUCUUGCAUGGCGUUUCUGACACGGAACAAGAAGGAUUUGUUCAGCGAAUCGCAAUUUAUUUAAUAAAUUCAUUGGCUUGUCAAGUAGAUGGCAACCAAAAAUCAUUUUUAGGACAAUUAGGAGCAAUUAAGACAAUGUUGAAUUUGAUCGAAGACCGAUUAAAUCGAAAUGUUUUUGACGAUGUCAUGGAAGUGGCGUGGUCUACGAUGUGGAAUGUGACUGAUGAAACGGCUGUAAAUUGCGAACGAUUCUUAGAUGGUCAGGGAAUGAUGUAUUUUUUGAAGUGUCUUAAGACUUUUCCAGAGAGGGAAGAACUGUUGAGGAACAUGAUGGGCCUUCUGGGUAACGUUGCCGAAGUCGAAGGUUUACGCCCACGCUUGAUGACUCAAGAAUUUAUUACCGUAUUUAGUGAUUUACUGAACUCCUGUAGCGAUGGUAUCGAGGUCAGUUACAACGCAGCUGGCGUUCUGUCGCACAUCGCAUCCGACGGUCCCGAUGCGUGGAAAAUUCCGAGUCCCACGCGCGAAGAGGUCCUCCAAAAUAUGGUCGAAGCAAUAAGCCGAUGGCAAUUGGAUGCCGAACGCAACAUCAAUUACCGCAGUUUCGAGCCGAUACUUAAGCUCGUCGAGUGCUACGAUACGCCGCAGUGUCAGCAUUGGGCCGUUUGGGCACUUGCGAACCUCACAAAAGUCUAUCCGUGCAAGUAUUGUCCGUUGGUAGAGCGCGAAGGCGGCUUGCGGUUGCUGCGCGAACUGAUCGAACACCCGAAACCCUAUCAGGAAAUCAAGAAUUUGGCCAAUAUGGUGAUCGAGGCGCAUCAGAAGAACCUCGAGGAGACGAACGAAGAGAACGAAAUGAUUAUUGACGGAUAAUGACUGAUGCGUGCGAUGCGAUGAUAAACAAACAAAAAAACGAAGAAAAAAAUUCGAAGUAGGCAGAUUUUUUUUUUGAAAGUACUCAUUUUACGCUAUUAAGUAUUUUUUUUGUUAAAAAUUUUAAAUAUUUGUAUUUUUCUUUUACAAAAUAUUUUUGAAUCAUUGCGUGAACUACUAAAAAAAAUAUAAAGACUUUUGAGAAAUUUUAUAAAUUUUUUUUUAAUUGGCAAAUUUUUAAAAUUAGAUUUAAGAUUUUUUCUUGUAAAUAGAAAACGAUACAAAAAAUAAUUAGAAAGCUUAAUUAAUUUUUCAGUGCGCUCUCGUUACUAAUAAAUACAAAAAAAAAUAAAUCAAAUAAGACGAAAGUUUAUUAAUUUAUUA